GUCAGGCUGACUUACCGGACUGCUUACUCGACAGGAGUGGCUGGUCGCAUCCCAGCCAGCGAAGAUCGAGGGGAGAACUUCGCCGGCAUCCACAACAUUGGCCGCAAGGAAUCGCCGUACAUGAAAUUCCAGAAGAGCACUGCCCCGCUGCUCGACUACAGUGCGGUCAAUAGCAGGCGCGACUUCACACCACAUCCCCUGGGUGACAACAAGGUCAACGCCAUGCUUGCUGCCAGCUUCAAGGCCGGUUGGAAGGGAAGCGCUGCGGGGUCGGCCGCCGAAAUGCCGAAGACUAGCUACUACCAGGACACCUUCGAAGGUUACACCGGCAAGCGGCUGAGAUCAGCGAAGAUGAAGAGCGUGAAGCCCACGAAUGCCCGCACGCACACCAUCACAG